ACACAGGGCGGGAUUUGGAGCGGAAACAGCGCGGGACUCGACACCGUUAGAGCUAAACAUCUGGAAAACAGCUGCAAUAUUCCACAAGCAGCGCUUUUUCUUCCUAGAGGGACACAAACUCCGCAUUUUGGACCUAGUUUGUGAUUUUAAAAAUGGCUUCGUCUCCUCAAAAGUCUCCUUCCUCUCCGAAAUCUCCGAGUCCCAGAUCACCUCCCUCCAGGAAAAAGGACGACUCCUUCCUCGGAAAACUCGGAGGAACUUUGGCCAGAAGAAAGAAGGCGAAAGAAGUUUCUGAGCUCCAAGAAGAGGGCAUGAAUGCAAUCAACCUUCCCCUGAGUCCGACUCCGUUUGAGCUGGAUCCUGAGGACACCAUGCUGGAGGAGAAUGAAGUUCGGACAAUGGUCGAUCCCAACUCGAGAAAUGACCCAAAGCUCCAGGAGCUCAUGAAGGUGCUCAUCGACUGGAUCAAUGAUGUUUUAGUAGGAGAACGAAUCAUCGUCAAAGAUCUAGCCGAGGACCUUUAUGAUGGACAGGUUCUUCAGAAGCUCUUUGAGAAGCUGGAAGGAGAGAAGCUUAAUGUCGCUGAGGUUACCCAGUCCGAGAUUGCCCAGAAGCAGAAGCUACAGACUGUCCUGGAAAAGAUCAAUGACACACUCAAAGUGUCCUCCAGGAACAUCAAAUGGAACAUUGACUCAAUACAUGCCAAGAGCAUAGUCGCCAUACUUCACUUGUUGGUGGCUCUGUCUCAGCACUUCCGCGCUCCAAUCCGACUCCCAGACCAUGUGUCUAUACAAGUAGUCGUGGUUCAGAAACGUGAGGGCAUCCUUCAGUCUCAGCAAGUCCUAGAGGAAAUUACUGGCAAUACCGAGGCACUUUCUGGAAGGCAUGAGCGUGAUGCAUUCGACACCUUGUUCGAUCAUGCACCAGACAAGCUGAACGUGGUUAAAAAAACUCUUUUGACAUUUGUGAACAAGCACUUAAACAAGUUGAACCUGGAGGUGUCUGAGCUGGACACACAGUUUGCAGAUGGCGUGUACUUGGUUUUGCUGAUGGGUCUCCUGGAAGGAUAUUUUGUUCCUCUCUACAACUUCUUCCUCACCCCUGACAAUUUUGACCAUAAGGUGCACAACGUUUCAUUUUCCUUUGAACUGAUGCAAGAUGGCGGUUUGGAGAAGCCAAAGCCAAGGCCUGAAGACAUUGUCAACUGUGACCUAAAGUCUACAUUACGUGUCCUCUACAACCUCUUUACCAAGUACAGGAAUGUGGAAUGAAUUCCUGGUCCAGAACCCUCACUUUGGGAAUGACAUCCUUAUCAGUAUUAGCUGAGGAUUUUAUUAUUAUUAGCAGUAUUCAGUAUUAUUUCAGUAUUCAGUCUGCUCUGUAUUUAUCCAACCUGCUAUAAAAUCGUAAUAUUAUCAUUUUAGUUUACACAGUGAUGGAUUAAGUGAUGAAAUUAAUAUUGGGUUCAUGCCAAGUGUGUUUCUCAUUUUUGUUUUUUUUUUAAAUAUAUAUAUUAACUGUUUUUAUUUCAUCAGUGUUUUUUGGAUUUUAAAGCUGAAGUGAUUAUCAGAACAAAUCAUGUCUUCUAGUCAGGCUCACCAUCCAUUACACCCAGGUCCAGGAUAAAGCUGUAUUUCGAUCAAAUCGGUCUAUUCCACAUGUCAUAUGUCCUCAUCCUGUCAUGUGUCCUCAUCUCGAGUGAAUCCUGCACGACUUCCCCAGUUGUCCCUGUGUGACAGCCAGACUGCUUCCAGUUUAGAUUUUUUCACUUAAUGUGAUAGAAAAUGAGGAAAUAAAUAACAGCAAGGUCUUUUACUUUUUAUUUUAAAUUGUUGCGUGGCGUUCAGGAUAGAGGAAUUUGUCUUGUUCUCUAUUAAGUGAACAGACCAAAUUAUCUAGUUCAGGCACUUCAUUGUGCUGUUGAAAAGGCUUCAGUGUUUUUUUUUUUUUUUCUUUCUGCUUGUAUGAAACUUCUAUAGAUCUGGAACAAACAGACACGAAAUUGCCUUCUCCACCCCAAGGCAAUCAUAGAAUUCAAACCAUAAGCAGACGACUGCUACUAGUUUGUACGGUAAGAAUGCAAUGUGGCUAUUCGGGGGGGGGGGAUUCCUUCAUGCAGUUUAAUGUGAAGGUCGGCACGAUCAUUUGUUUCACUGUUGAAGUUUGAAUGCAUGUGUGUGAGGCCUGACGGGCUGAGAGGAAAAACGAAUUCCUGUCCUUGUGCUUUCCUCAUUCACCACUGACCAUUUUGUGUGACUGUCCUGUUGUGUACUUUUGAACAAAUAGAAGAGGAAUAAAUUGAUCUCCAUCGCUCAGUCACACUUAAUAACCUUCAGACCAAAGGCUGUGUUUUAUUUAAUCCCUCGAACAAAAGGCUCGCUUAAAGCAGAAGCGAUGCUUCAUUUUAAUGGCUCAGACUGGCGCUUUUUGUCCUGCAAUAAAGUUGCGUGAUGAAAUCUGGGUUUACUUACUGAAACAGUGGAAGAGAAGCUCUUCUGAAAAAGCAGAGGUCACAUUUUCUUCUGUGUGUAAUGAUGCAGCAGUGCACAAUUGGACCCAACAAGGUUAAAAUGGAGGCCAAGGGAUAAUAGAAAAUGUGGCUCUUUGAAGGUACGCUUCUCUUUUCGCGAUUCACUUGAAGACCUACAUGAUUAAUAAGUUAUGGGUUUUUCAUUUGCACAUUUUUGUGUGUGUGUGUUUAGCUUCAGGCACCUAAUAAGUUGAAUAAGUUAAUUAAGUUGAGUUGUGCGUUUAGGAGAGAGAACUGUCACUGCGGUACAUUUUCACGCAGGUUUUGUGGAACUAAAAUCCUGGCUCAGAUGAAUUGUAGUCCCUAGUGCCUGUCUGUAAGCUCUUCUUUUUUUUUUUCCACACGUCCAAAUUGCACUUUUUUAUCCCAAAAUACACUGUCAAAAGAAGCAUUUUUGGAAAAAAGUACACACCGCCUGUCAUAUUCUUUGGGCCCCAUUAAGAGCCAGCUGUGUUAAAUGUGAAUUUCACUGUUAGCACCAUCUCCAACAAUGGCCUUUUCGAUAAAAACCUUUGUUCUGCUACAUUUUCUGACCCAUUAUAUGACUGGAGCUGGGGGGAGAUUAAGAGACGAGGGCGUCUUCAUCACUGAGCUGCCUCUGAGAGCCUAAAUAACAGCGAAGACCACCUGUGUAAUUGUCCAGCGCUAGGGUGUCCUGAAUAGCCAUUAGCUUCCCUACUGCAAUUACCUUUCCUCCAGUCCCCUUCAUGACACCAAGCACAGCCGAGAGCUCUGGAGAACCUCAAGCCCUGUUUACUCCCAAACACAAUGGCUGAAACGGAGUGUCUUAUCCAGGCUGAUAUUGAUUUGUGCUUAAGAUUCGGGUCAUUUACGUGUAAUUGAUUCCUCCAUUGUGCUCUCGUAACAUGCCUCGGGAGUGCUUUUACACCUGCAUGAUUUUUUUUUUCAGAAAAUUAUAAGCCCAAGAAAGGAAAAGUGUCAGAAACAUAUUGAUGUGAAAAUAUGUACAUGGUCAUUGUAACUGGGAGAAAUCUCUACUAUGGGAGCGAUAAACUCUAUAUCGUGGGAGCUAUAAAAUUUAAGGUGGACAUUGUUUUUAAGCAAUUAUUAUGUAAUCUGGUCUGUACAGGAUUUAAAGGUGCAGUUCGUAAUUUAUUAAACCGUUUUCUAGACCUAGUAUAGAAAUACUAAUUCAUGAUAUCAUGAACUAAUAUGGCUAAGUAUUAUUUUCGUCAAAUCUUUUCAAUUUUUUUUCUGACCCUGAAAUUAGCUCCACCCCCAGGUCUGCUCGGCUGCCCCUUUUCCUUGAAAGGCAAUCUAAAUGGGAGAAAUAUGAAGGCAUGUGAAUCCUUUCACUGCAAUUCCAAAUCAACACCUAGGCAUCAUAUACGGUAGCAAUAAAAAUUGCAAACUGCUCCUUUAAUGGAUAUGUUAUUUAAACUUUUAUCUCAGUAUAAGAUAGCUUUGAUAAUUAUUGAUUAACAUGAUAAAAUAUGCAUAUUUUUAUUCAAAAUAAAACUGAUUUGAGAAAAAAUAA